CUAAUUUUGCACUUAAGCAAGCUGCAAAUGACUAUGAGGCUCAGUAUGGAUAUGAAGCAGCAAACUUCAUAAGGAAAGAUUUUUAUGUUGAUGAUGGACUUAAAUCAGUUCCAACAGCACAGGAUGCCAUUGAUCUACUAAUGAAAAGCAAGGCAUUGUGUAAAAUGGGAGGUUUUAAUCUCCAUAAGUUUCUGUCAAACAGUAAGGAAGUGUUAGCAGCAAUAGCUCCUGAAGAAAUGAAUAACACUGUCAAGAGCCUGGAUUUAAGUAAAGACAUGCUACCUGUAGAAAGAACACUUGGAGUGGAGUGGUGUGUAGAAUCUGAUACUUUCCAGUUCAGAAUACAACUCAAAGAAAAGCCACUCACAAAAAGGGGCAUAUUGUCUAUUGUGAGUUCAAUAUAUGAUCCAUUAGGCCCUGUGUCUCCUCUCAUCCUCAUUGGCAAAGGGAUACUCCAGGAGUUGUGCCGUGAAGGAGUAAGUUGGGAUGAGGAGAUACAACAGUAUGUGAGGCCACAGUGGCAGCAAUGGAGAGAUGACCUACGAAAAUUAGAGCACUUAAAAAUACCACGAUGUUACAAGCCUGAAGGAUUUGGUGAAAUUAAGAAAGUUGAACUGCAUCAUUUUUCUGAUGCCAGUCAAAAGGGAUAUGGUCAGUGCUCUUACAUAAGACUGAUCAACACUGGUGAUCAAAUACACUGUGCACUUGUAAUGGCAAAAUCAAGAGUGACACCCCUCCGAGCCAUCACUGUGCCGAGAUUGGAACUCACAGCAGCAGUUGUGUCGGUGAGAAUCAGUGCAGUCUUAAAGAAGGAGUUAGACUAUGAAGAUAUUCAGGAAGUGUUUUGGACAGACAGUAUGGUAGUGCUGGGAUACAUCAACAAUGAUUCUAGAUGAUUUCAUGUAUGUGUAGCCAACAGAGUCCAACAGAUAAGAGAUCAAACUUCACCGAGUCAGUGGAAGUAUGUGGAAACAGAGCACAACCCAGCAGACUAUGCCUCAAGAGGGCAGUCUGUAGAAGAGUUAAUUAACAAGGACAAGUGGUGGUAUGGGCCACGCUUCUUGUGGCAACACAUUGAGAUGAAUGAUGACCCAUCAGAGCAUCAUGAAUUGGAAGAUGAUGAUCCUGAAGUAAAAAGAGUUGCAUCAUGUGCUACACAGACACAUGAGCCAUUUAAUGUACUAGAGAGGCUGAACUGUUUCUCUGAUUGGUUCCGUAUGAAGAGAGCCAUUGCAGUGUGCCUUAGACUUCAAAGGAUGUACAAGAAGAAUGCAGAUGGGACACAUAAAGGAAGGAGCCAAGAAUACAUUCCACUGACAGUACAGGAACUGAAAGAAGCUGAAAAUGAGAUAAUAAGGCAGGCUCAGGCUCAUGCCUUCCAUGAGGAAAUAAAGAUGCUGAAGGGUGCAGGAAACCAUGAGUCUUCCCCACAGACAAAUAGAAGAGAAACAACAGUAAAGAAAACAAGCAAGUUGUACAAACUUGAUCCCUUCAUAGAUGAAGGUGGAAUAGUAAGAGUUGGGGGAAGAAUAAGGAUGUCUACUCAUCAAGUAGCAAGACAUCCAACAAUCCUGCCUAAGGAUGCCCAUGUUACUGAUCUACUGAUUUGCUACUACCACAAAAGGGUACCUCAUCAGGGUAGGGGCAUAACACUAAAUGAAAUUAGAGCAUCUGGGUACUGGAUUUUGGGGGGCUCAUCUCUGGUGGCUAGACAUGUCUCAAAAUGUGUAGUCUGCAGAAGAGUUAGAAGUGACACACAAGGUCAAAAGAUGGCUGACUUGCCACAAGAUAGGCUAGAGCCUUCCCCUCCCUUUACUUAUGCUGCAGUUGACUUUUUUGGUCCUUUCUACAUCAAAGAGGGACGUAAAGAGCUAAAGAGAUAUGGGGUUCUUUUCACAUGCAUGGUAUCACGUGCAGUCCAUCUAGAGACAGCAAACAGUCUGGACACUACUUCCUUUCUCAGUGCCUACCGCCGCUUUAUAGGAAGAAGAGCGCGAGUAAGACAGUUAAGAGCAGAUCAAGGAACAAACUUUUGGGUGCAAAAAACGAGUUAGCCAACUCUUUGAGAGAAAUGGAUGAGGAGAAGCUCAGAACCGAACUACUGAAGGACAGUUGUGAUUGGGUUCAUUUCAAGAUGAAUGUACCACAUGCUAGCCAUAUGGGUGGGGUGUGGGAGAGACAAAUAAGAACAGUGAGAAGCAUAUUGUCAGUGCUACUUGAUCAACAUGGACCUCAGUUAGAUGAUGAGACACUUAGAACAUUCAUGAUAGAAGCAGAGACAGUUGUAAAUGGUAGACCUCUAACUGUGGAUAACCUUACCUCUCCUACUAGCUUAGAACCUCUGACACCCAACACUCUGUUAACUAUGAAGUCAAAGAUUGUGAUGCCUCCUCCAGGUAAAUAUGAAAGAGUUGACUUGUACUCAAGGAAACGUUGGCGUAGGGUACAGUUCCUUGCAAAUGAGUUUUGGUCAAGGUGGAAAAGGGAAGUUUUGCAGUCUCUUCAGCUUUGAAAUAAAUGGCAGAAACCUCAAAGAAACCUCAAGGUGGAUGAUAUUGUUAUUGUUAAGGAUUGCAACCUAGCUAGAAACCAAUGGAGCUAGGCAGAAUAACUGAGUGUCUUCCAAGUGAUGAUGGUCUUGUGAGAAAGGUGAAAGUGAUGACGUCAGACUCAUAUGUCUUGACAAUUCAGGGAAAAGAAUAAAGGCAAUGAACAUUGUUGAAAGGCCUGUUCAUAGUCUUGUUCUCUUGUUAGAAUGUACUACUCAGGAAGACCAGGGCGACCCCACCGAGGAGCCUAAAUGAUCUGUUUGUACUUAGGAAGUGCAAAGAUGAUGUUAGCAGUAUUUCAUGUAUCUGUAAUACUCAUGUUAUGAUCAAUGUAUUAAGUAGUUAUAAGUUAAAUUGUCCUACAAUUUAGGGGAGCCAUGUAACUGUGGUAUCAAUGUACCUCAUUAUACCUCAUUGUUAUCACGUAAAAUAUUAAUGUGUAAGGAAUUUAUAUGGUGCUAUAGAAUUUAUAUGGUGCUAAAAGGAUAAACUUGUAUGGUGCUAUUAGAAGGUAACAUAGGUGCCGUUAAGAACGCUUACACGCAGCUGCCGAUGUUCGUUUGUUUGGGUUACGUUGGCAGUGAGUCUGUCGCUUAUAAGUGGAUAUGAAUUGUAGACUCAGCAAUAUGGAGUGGUGAUUCAAUCCGUGGCACUGGAGUUUCACGGCACGACUGGGGCAUGUAUGGCGCACAAAAUGGAGGACUCUUUGUCCAAAGCCACAUCAUAGGAAUAAAGGAAAAUUAUACCAACGAAGUUUCCAUGUCCUGCUGGCAGUCCAUGCAUGUCUGCGUGUCUGUGUAAACCAGCCCAAAGGGGUGACUGUUCCAUGUCCGCUUCAUGGUUACUUAUAGUUAUGUAAUAAUGGAUUUAGUUUUUUAUUUCUGACACAGUUCAGCAGCCUCUUGGCGAGCUGUCCCUGCUCCUGGUCCAAUCAGGGGUGGGUUGAGUUGGAAACCAUAAUGCAACAGCGGAUGUAAUCCAGUAUUGCUGUUGGGCCUGGCUGUGAAAAUCCCUUUGAUAUGUGUGGCACA